CAAUAAAGAAUGCAGCCAAUUUGCUCUGAACACCGAUAAGCCUUUCAAAGACAAACACCACAAUCCAAAGUUCAGCAAGAUUCAGCAACAUGUAAGGAAUUCUACAGACUUAAAAUCAGGGAAUACAUCAUGCAUGCGUGCGUGAUCGGGGUGGGCCAAUCAUGGCCAGGACAGAUACAUGUUGCCCUGGGCUUCUCCUUCACAUUUUGCUGCAAAGAAGCUGCGUCCGAUUCUGAAUCCCUACCUGCAAGUGUGAAGAUUUCAUGACGUGCAACAGAAGAAAUCCACACAGAAACACAUCAUAUACCCAGCAUGCUAAGGGAAAUGAAAUUUAAAAUGCCCCUUGGGAAUCAGCCGUAUCUCAGCAGUUCUGUCGGCAGGAUGAAUGCUUCAGAAACAUCUGUGGGCUACUAUGCGUGCUGGUUGCAGAUGGCAGUUGGCACAACUGUAGUCACAGAGAGCAUGUUCUCCUACUUUGAUUUUUUGCAACAGAGAUUUGGCCAGCUGCUGAAGGCGUUGUGCGAACUGCAACAAUAUGCGCAGGAAGCAUUCCAGACCAAAGGAGCUCGAAACGGUGCCUUCUCUUUGACUGGAAUGAAUAGAAAGCCCUCAUGGGCAGCUCUCCUGCAGCGUGAAUGCAUCAUAACACCACUGAAGAGGCUCUGGUUGAGAUCAGUGCAGUUCAGAAUUUUCCAGCCCUGCUCCUGAUUGACCGAGCGUCGUUCCUAAACACGUACAGUGGAAUUUGCUGCAUGUCAAAGUCUGACACAGUGUAAUGAGUAGUCAGCCCUUCGGUCCCCAUGCUGGGAGACUUUUGUAAAUGCAAUAAAUCUUAAAUAAAUGUAAAAGAGAUGUACUGCUGCUGGUUUUUCAAGUGUCUCAUGGAAAAGGCUCUGGAUAAUAGGACUGUAGCGCCAUGCUGACAUUUCUGCUUUCAGAGGACUUACCAACUGAUUAUCAAGCUCUGUGGUAGAGAUGAGAGUUUUAUUUUGAUCAAGAUAUAUAUUUUUUAAAACUUUCCUUCACAGAUCUCUUUAUAUUUUAUGUUGCCUCUCACAGCUAGUGCAGACUCCUGGGGAUUUGAUCAGCUUGGGAACUGCCACAUGAAAAAUGACCCAGCCAAUGCAGAGCUUACAGCUUUCCCAAACAAAAAAGAACAACCCUCCUUCUUCACCCAAUGCUGCCAAGCGACUCUAUCGGAACCUGUCGGAGAAGCUGAAAGGAAGUCACUCAUCCUUUGAUGAGGCGUAUUUCAGAGCCAGAUCAGACCGCCUCAGUCUGCGGAAGUCUUCAGUGAACUUCCAGUGCUGUGAAGCCAUGCUUGAGGCUGUGGAACAGCAAGAUUUAGAUGCUGUCCAGAUCCUUCUCUACCAAUACACGCCGGAGGAACUGGAUCUCAACACUCCCAGCAGUGAGGGAUUGACUGCCCUGGACAUCGCUAUUCUGACAAAUAAUGUGCCCAUUGCCAAGGCUCUUUUGAAAGCUGGGGCAAAGGAGAGCCCACACUUUGUCAAUAUGGAGAACAGGUCAACUCAUCUCAGCAACUUAUUGCAAGAGGCUCAGCAACGAGUGAAUGAUCUGUCUGCACAAAUAAUGAGUGAAGGCCUUGGUACAGACAGCUCUGAGAAGGAGAAGCAACUGAAAGCCUGGGAGUGGAGAUAUCGGCUCUACAAACGCAUGAAGUCAGGCUAUGAACAUUCCCGAGCCCCGGAGGCACCAACCAACGUCUGCCUUACGGUAACAAGCAGUACAUCACUCACUGUCACUUUCCAAGAGCCUCAUAGCAUCAACGCAGCAGUGGUUACUAAGUACAAAGUGGAAUGGAGCUGUUCAGAAGACUUUUCUCCUUUGGCUGGGGAAAUCAUCAUGGAUAACCUUCAGACUUUGAAGUGCACUAUCACUGGCCUCACAAUGGGCAAAAACUAUUAUGUCCGAGUUUAUGCUUAUAAUAUGAAAGGCUGGGGACAGCCGCAGAUUUCCACACCUUCCUGUGCUUCUCCUUCAAACUGGAAAGACUCUGAUGGCAGAGAGCCUCGGCACAGGGGACAGAUUGAAGCACUGGAGCGGUUGCUGCAGCAGGUUAGAUCGUCUCGCCCAAGCUACAGCUGCCGAGAUAGUUCUAAACUGCAAAAUGCUGGUCGCAAGCAAUCUGUCUCAAGAAGCCUGAAGCAUCUGUUCCAUUCUUCAAACAAGUUUGUGAAGACUUUGAAAAGAGGACUCUAUUUAGCUGUGAUAUUCUACUACAAAGACAACAUGCUAGUAACCAAUGAAGAUCAGAUUCCAAUUGUGGAGAUAGACGACUCUCACUCCAGCUCCAUUAUGCAAGAUUUUCUCUGGUUCACCAAGCUGUCUUGUAUGUGGGAUGAUAUCAGGUGGAUGAGGCAGAACAUGUCUGUCUCCGUGUCCUCCUCCACAGCACUUCAAGCUCGGCAGAAAAUGCUCUCUGCGACAGCCCAGUUACAGAAUCUGCUGGGUACACAUAACUUGGGCCGAGUCUACUAUGAACCAAUCAAGGAUCGGCAUGGCAAUAUUAUCAUCGUUACAAUAAGAGAAGUGGAGACUCUCUAUUCCUUUUUUAAUGGCAAAUGGAUGCAGAUAUCCAAGCUGCAGAGCCAGAGAAAAUCUCUCUCAACACCAGAGGAACCUACAGCAUUAGACAUCUUGCUCAUCACAAUCCAGGAUACACUUUCCUAUCACAGACGAAGCCAACAGCGCCUGGCCCCUGGCCUCUACUUGGGCUACCUGAAACUCUGCAGCUCAGUGGAUCAGAUAAAAGUCCUUGUCUUGCAAAAGCUGCCUAACAUUCUGUGUCAUGUUAAAAUACGAGACAACAGCAACGUGUCCAAAGAGGAGUGGGAAUGGAUCCAAAGUCUUUCUGGCUCAGAAUCUAUGGAAAAUACAGAUGAGUGCCCAACUCGACUGUUCUUUGAGCUCCAGAUGGCAACGAAAGCGCUCCUUAAACAGAUCCAUCUACCUCUGCGACAGGCUAAACUCUUCCGUCUGUAUACACAGGAGGUGUUGGAACUGGGUCAUAAUGUGUCCUUUCUUCUCCUGCUCCCUGCCUCAGACGACGUCUGCACUGCCCCAGGACAGAAUAACCCUUACACCCCGCACUCAGGAUUCCUUAACCUCCCUCUUCAGAUGUUUGAACUCGUUCAUUUUUGCAGUUACAAGGAGAAAUUUAUUAGUCUGUAUUGCCGCCUUUCUGCUGUCAUAGAGCUGGAUUUUCUGAGCACCCAGCAGUCCCUAAGGGAAGCCAUUUCAGACAGUGAAGUCGCUGCUGCUAAACAAAGACACCAGCAAGUCCUAGAUUACAUACAGCAAAUUGAUGAGAUCUGGCGUGAAAUGAGAUGGAUCAAUGAAGCGCUCCAGUAUGCACGGUACAGGCAGCCAGCUGCAGGCUUGCCGGUAAUGAAGAUCGUGGAUCUCUCAGAAGAGCCUGUGCAAAAGAAGAUAAGCUCAACUUCCUCCCAUCUGGAUUGUCUUCCAUCCCCACCACCUUCACCAGAAACGGAGACCCACAGGAGGAAAGCCGUGAGUGCAGAUUCCCAGGCGUACUCAGAUGAAGAAGGUUGCUCUGAGGUGUUCCUUCCAACUGACAGUGACUAUGACUCUAGCGAUGCGUUGAGUCCUCGGGAGCUGGAUUUGGUUUAUUCAUCCUCCCAGGACAUAUCCCAUCAGGCAGUGAGCUGUCUGAGCGGCAGCGCACCAGAUGUCCUCCAGGUCCACGACAUCAAACCUUGCCUGACUCCAAAGCAGAACCCAAGAGGAGGCAGCUCCUUAGAGACGGAUGUUGACCAGCCUACAGAGUCCAUGCAAAACUUGUCCAUAGGAGGGCUCUCGCCCAAAAGUACGGAGAAGAAUUUUGGCUUGAGGCAGCCCUUGAGUUUCCUAGGAAAGAAGAAGCAUGGAAAGCAUCAGCACUACAGUUACUUCAGCCGACACCAUCGCUGGCUGCGUGUGCACAGUGAAACCCAAUCCAUGUCCCUCUCGGAGGGUCUCUACACACCCCAUCUCACACGAGCCAUUGAGUUCUCACAGGAGUCUACCUCUGGUGAGCAGAUAAGCAUUUCUAUUGAUUGUCCACGCAGCCCCUUCUUACCUCACGCUUCGAGCCUCCCAGAAGAAGGGAAAGGCAAAUACCAGGAACUGAGGCCUAGCAUCCGCAGGAUCUACGUGGAGCCUUACAAGACCAGGCUACCCAGUGAAGAUGGCAAGUCCUGGGCACUGAGCACCCAGCCCACGGGUCUGCACAGCCCCACAGGUCAGGCGACAGUUCCACAGGAGCAGUCCUGUCCUCACAUCCCUGAAGUAUUCAGCAGCGAUCUUUAAGGGUGGCACUGUCCCUCAGCCCUGCCUUUAAAAUGUGAUCCCAAGGUCACAGCAGGGGGCUCGUCUUCAAAGCAAGCCUUGGAGUCUUCACAGAUGAAGAUUAGUCCUUCACCAUGGUUUUCUAGGCCGAAGCAUGCAAGAGGGUUUGUCUUUUGCAGAUGCGCAUGUUUGCACAACCAUUUCUAACCUAGGCUGAGCUGACUCCUGACUGUUACGGAUUUUUCUAUGCUUUUGACAGGGCAAUGAGAAAUGUUCACCAGCGGGCAUUUUUCAUUUAAAAAAGAAAGUGUGUACUUUUUCACCCUUCUUUGCUAGGGUCCACAGUCCCUAUCAACUAGAAUUUCAGCACCACUUGUAGCUUUAAUUUUAGCCUAUCAGACUAUGCCAUGCGAUAUCACCAAGGUCAAACAAGGAUGUGUCGGUGUGAGGUUAACACCUAUUAAAGAAGCAGUUACAUCUACCCUCUGUGAUGUCAUCAUGUGGCGCAAUCUGAUCGGCUGCAUGAUAACCCG